AUGACUUUGACUCCUCUCUUUGGCAGCCUCUUCAUUAGUUUGGGUCGACGCGCACACCUGCACAUCAUUGCCCGGAAGCUGCAUUCUGCGGGGCGUGGUCCCUCGGCCACGACCACGUCACCGUCCGCCGCAUCUCCUUCAGCUACAGCUCUUUCAACGCUGGAUGCAACAGCGCUCCUGCAAUCGGGCGACGUUCACACCCCUCUGAUCUCAUCCGCAGCCCAGGAUGGCACUCUCGACACCGAGGCCGUCCCAGCCGUGAGGCCGCCAUUGGUCUCCACGGACACGAUCUCCAAUGACCUGGCAGCCAGUCUCUCCGCCUUUGCCAACCCAGCGACUCCAAUCGCCGCCGACGUCCUACUUCCCUCAGUUCCACCUCCGAAUCCUGAUACGACUACCGGCUCAAUGCUCGAUGCACAGGCCAUCCAAGCCCAGGUUGAAGCCCUGAUUCAGUCAACUUCGAGCGCGGUCGCCGACAAAGCUGUUGCAAGCCAGCCUCCUUCGAUACCCUCUCUUCCUCCCGCAUCAAUCUUGCCAGCACCUCUGUCUCAGCCUCUGCCGCCUGUCCAUGGCGUCCUGGAAACUGCUCCGCAAACAUACACGCGUCCAAGCUUGCAGCAAUCAACCACCGCCUCUGCCGCCGACACGCCCGACGCAGCCGCUCUCCGUGCAACUUCAGCGUCGCGACCCAACACUGCAACAGGCGCUGGCUUCGAGAAUACCUUCGCACAGUAUCAGUUUCCGCAGAGCGCAGAUCGAGCCCUCAACAUGAGUGGGCGAAACGCUGAGGCGGAAGGCGCCCACUUGGACGGCACACAAUCGCCUCCGACAGGUGCAAACAAUGGCGAACAAAGGGUGAAUACGGCCGUGUCCAAGAUGACGCGAGAGGAGGAUGAGCAGGCAGCCGACGCGCUGAUCGCCGACAUCGAUGCUCCCGCUGCUGCUGCCGGAACCUCGCAACGCGUCAAAGCAGAAGCAUUCUCAGGAGCCGAUCUAGCUGCUGCCGCCAAAGCUAUAGGAUUGGAAGCGGAUGCAGAUCUUCUCGGAGGCAUGGACCAGGACCAGCGCGCAUUGGCUGCAGCCAUCAGGCGUCUAGGCGACGAACACGGCGAGGCUGCACAGAAGGCGAUACAGCAGGCCGCUGCUGCCGCCGCGGCUGCGGCAGCAGCUCGAGCCUCGCAAGAGCUGGCAAGAGCAGCUGCGAGAGAGCAACGCAGCGACGAAAAGAUGUCGCAUCGAGCUCCGGAUCUUGCCAGAUCAUCGACGCCAGCGUCAGCAGCCUCGUCAUCAUCGCGAGCACGUUCGGGCCCAUCGAAGCGGUUCCCAUGCCCGAAAUGCGACAAGGCGUUUGCACGAGCCUACAACCUCAACACGCAUCUUUCGACGCACGACCCGGACCCGAAUCGGUCCAAGCCGUUCGCUUGCCCCUACCCGAGCUGCAAAUCGGAAGGCGGGCGCUCCUUCAGUCGCAAGCACGACCUUCAGCGUCACGUCGCCAGCAUCCACGAGAACGAGGCGGAGCCAGGCAUUCACGGCGAUCCGGAGGAGGUGGUUGGCGGAGACACGGGCGGGCUGGUCUCGUUGGGUCUGGGCACGCCUGGUAAGAAGUUCCGCUGCAACAACUGCGGGCGCUCCUUUGUUCGAAGGGACGCGCGCAAUCGUCACCAAUGCGAUGGGAGCGGCAGUCCGUCGGAUCGCCUGUCCGAAUCGCCAUCCAGCUCCACGUUUGCAUCCUCGGCGUCGCCGCGGCCGAGCGCGUCGCAAAGCAUGGUCGGUGGUAGCGCCGUCACGCUGCCACCGAUUCGACCCAUGGUCUCUGCCUUGCAUGCGGCGGCGGCAGCCGGCACGCCCCUCGCGCGAUCGAGCCCAUCACCCGCUGCUGGUCGACCUGCGAAUAGCCUGUCCAAGGAGGUGCAGGCGGUCGCCAAACAGUUGCAGGCUCGAGUCGAGGCGCAGUCGCCCGGUCCCCAGGGCCAUGCAAGCUCGCAACGCAACGCGCCGCCGCUUGCGUCGGGCGAGCGCCGCAACUUUCCGCUGUCGGCCAUCUCUCUAUACGCAUCGACGGGCACGCCGCACUCGAGCUCCAGCUCCUCCAGCAGCAGCGGCAAAGUCCAGAUCGCCAAAUGA